CUGCCAGUCGCAUUCUACUUCCCUCUCCCCUUGGUAACAUCUGUCACAAAUGAAUAAUCCCGAUCCAGACUAGCGCUUGCCUAUAGUCACAGUCGGUCACUUGUACAUGUUUUUGGCUAGUGUACAUCUCUACGCUCGCUUACGUGUUCAUGUGCCUUAAAUGACUUGUUUCUCUAUACAUCUCUGAUCUCUGCUAGUGAAUGCUGCAUUUUUAUUUAUCUUGUUCUUGAAGGUCUUGCGUUUGCAGACUGUAGCCUGUGGGACCUCAGUCACGAUGGGAUCUCUCUGCCUCAACCUUGUGAGAAAAGUGGCCUUCGCCUGCCUUACUUGCACCUUCGCGUUGUGCGGAUCCAUGGUCGGGUUGAUUUCAGGUGCUUUCAAGGGCCAAACUACAGAGACAGGCAUAUUCCGAGGCGCAGGGAUCGGCGCCAUUGUUGGUGCAUUCGUUUCUGUGGAGUUCUUGGAGGCCUGGCUUCAAGGAGAGGGCUUACCAAAGUUGGUCAUCUUCCAUAGCCUCAUUGACGGGAAGAUAUUUAGAGAAUGGGUUAGCCUAGCAUUGCUGAAAGCAUACCAAUGGCAAAUUAAUGCAGCUGAAGUGAGGAGCUACAGAGAGAGCUCAGAUAUGUUUGAUGUCAAUAGGGACAAAGGCUUACUACCUAAUGUAAUCAAGAGGUUGCCCAUGUUUAAGAUAAGUUGUGAUGAGAUCAUCGAUUCAUGUGGGAGGAACGUAUGUUGUGUCGUCUGCUUGCAGGAUUUCAUUGAUGGAGAUACAGCAAGAAUGAUGCCGAUGUGUAGCCACAUUUUCCAUGUGGUGUGCAUUGAUGUGUGGCUUGUGAAGCAUGCUUCCUGCCCUACUUGUAGACAAAAGGUUCUGCAAUUUGAGAUUUCUUGAGUGGAUGAUCUCUCUCUCUUCUAAGUAACACUUUACAUAAUCUUGAGAAAGAAAAAUAUACUUUAAAGGAUCUAUCAAUCAUGUUAAAAGAUCUUUCAAGUUGAAUGGGUGGAUGAAUGAAGAUUAAUAGA